AUGAGAAAUCAUACUGCAGUGUAUGAAUUCAUUUUUGCAGGAUUCACUGACUCUUCAAAACUGCAGAUCCCUCUCUUCACAUUCAUCCUACUAGUAUAUAUUAUCACACUGCUUGGCAAUCUUGGGAUGGUCCUUUUAAUCAGAAUUAACUCACAACUUCACACCCCGAUGUACUUCUUCCUUAGCAACUUGUCCUUUGUAGACUUUUGCUACUCCACUGCUGUCACUCCAAAGAUGCUGAUGGACUUGGUUGUGAGGAGAAAAACUAUUUCAUUGCCUGGAUGCGCUCUACAGAUGUGGUUUUUUGUUCUCUAUGCAACCACUGAGAGUUUCCUCUUAUCUGCCAUGGCAUAUGACAGGUAUAUGGCCAUUUCCAACCCUCUAAUCUAUACAGUCAUUAUGUCACGAAGAGUUUGUGCUCAGCUGGUGAUGGUUCCCUACCUUUUUGGAAUGUUGAAUGCCACGACACAAACAACCUUAUCAUUUCAAUUAACCUACUGUAAUGGCAACAUAAUCAACCAUUUCUUCUGUGACAUCCCUGCAGUCAUAUCACUCUCCUGUUCAGAUAUCAGACUCAACAAGAGGGUGCUUUUCGGUCUAUCUUGCAGCUUUGGCAUUGUGUGCAUGUCUGUUAUCAUUGUCUCCUAUACCUACAUCGUCACGGCCAUCCUGAGAAUUCGGUCCAAUCAGGGAAGGAGCAAAGCUUUUUCUACCUGCUCAACUCACCUCACGGUUGUGUCAAUCUUUUAUGGGACACUCUUCUUUAUAUAUGUCCGUCCCAGCUCCAGGUCCAACUCGUCAAUAGAUGUGGACAAGAUGGUCUCCGUGUUCUACACAAUGGUGAUCCCCAUGCUGAACCCUUUGAUCUAUAGCUUGAGGAACAAAGAGGUGAAAGAUGCAGUGAGGAGAUUGGUAAAAGGGAAAAAGCACAGUGUGGUAAGAAAGGGGUAA